AUGGUGGUGCGUACUAGAGGAUCAGACGGUAGAAUUAGGCAUAACAGAGGACGUGGAGAGUCUCGACGACAUCAGGAGGAGCCGGAACACGAUGAGCUGCCGGCAGUGCCUGAGCAGCAGGUUGAGGAGCAGGCUGUGCAGCAGGGUUGGCCUGGAGGGCUGAUCGAUACGAGUCUUUUGACUCGAUACGAGCAUCAUGUUGCUCGUCAUGUAUGGUUUGGUCAGGAACGUGUCGAAGGUGACAAAAUUGAGCUACGAAUAGCAUCUUUAGGAAAAAAGUUAGCUGACAGGAUUCCUGAUCACCAUCCUGAAGUUAUUCAAGGUUGGUUGAAUAUUUCGGGGUUGUGCUGGCUUGAGCGGACUAGCUUGAAACUUACCGAUCCGCAGCUUAUAUCCGCAUUUGUUGAGAGGGGUCAGUUUUAUACUCCUGUAUCAGUUUCUCAGGAACAAGCUGCGGCACUUGCAGCUGAGUUGUUAGGAGAGGAGUAUGACUUUGCAUUGCGAGAGACUGUAUUGCAGAGGGGUGAUUAUUUUUCACAGCAGUGGCUAUAUGAGAGUUAUACGAGGAAUGUCAAUUUGUACGGGAGACAUGACUGCGCAGCUAGGGCAUGGAUGUUGAUGUUGGUGGGAUGUACCAUUCUGGCUGAUAAGAGUUAUACACGUGUGGAUGCCAAAUGGCUACUUCUGUUUAGUGAUUUGUCUGCAGUCCAUACAUUUUCGUGGGCCAGUAUUGCAUUGGUUUGUUUAUACGAUAACUUGAACGAUGCAUCCAUGUUUUCUAAGAGGGCCCUUGCAGGGUAUGCGACACUUCUUCAGUAUUUUCCUACCCUUGGUAGGCGGGCUCAGUCGGAUCUUAAUUGUGAUAAUCCUGGAUUUCCUCGAGCUAUGCGGUGGAUGUAUAAGCAAGGGAAGACCAAGCUCCCCGAGUAUCGGCCUAUAUUGGAUGCACUGACCCCUGAUGACGUGAUAUGGCGUCCGUUUGAGACUCACAGAGGUAGCAUUCCUUUUGAUCUGAUUACUCUGUAUAGUGGUCAUCUGCGUGGAUCCACGGUAGUUCCUUACUUGCCCGAGAGGUGUAUUAGGCAGUUCGGAUUUGUACAGUAUAUACCACCACCACCACCACCUCUAGCUCCUGCCUAUUCUGAUAUUGAUAGCGACUGGAUUGGUUAUCACGCGUCCGUUGAUCGGAUCCUUCAGCCGACACAUCCAGUGACAUAUGCUUAUGAGACUGUACCUGAUUACAUGUCCUGGUACUAUAGGGUAUCACAUCCUAGACUGUGUCGCUCUGUUGAUGGACCACAUGGAGCACCACCAGUUCCACAGUAUGCACCUGCACCAGUAGACGAUGCACCAGCAGAAGAUGCACCACAAGAAACUGCACUACAGCGUGAGCGGAGAUGGAGAAGUAUGGCUCGAGGCGCGCUUGAGACAUUUCUGACGAGGAUAGACGCUGAUAGGGAUGAUGAGGGAUUUGAGGAGCUUUUUUUUGCACUAGAUGUAUGUCGUGGUGCAUACCCAUGA